CCUCUCCUUCCAGUGCAGCCCCCCGCGCCCAAGGACCUCCGCGUCAGCCCUGAUGGGGACCGUUUUCUGCUGUCCUGGAAUGUGACCCAUGGGGGUUCUGAGAGCCACUGGCUGUCCAGCCUGGAGUUUGAGGUGGUCUACAGGCGGCUUCAGGACUCCUGGGAGGAUGCCCCCACCAUCUACUCCAACUCCUCCUGGGCCAUCCUGGGGCCAGAGCACCUCAUACCCAGCAGCACCUACGUGGCCCGAGUGCGUGCCAGGCUGGCCCCAGGCUCGGGGCUCUCAGGACGGCCCAGCCAGUGGAGCCCCGAGGUUCGCUGGGCCUCCCAGCCAGGGGACGAGGCCCAGCCCCAGAACCUCCAGUGCUUUUUCGACGGGGCUGCCCUGCUCAGCUGCUCCUGGGAAGUGAGGUCUGAGGUGACCAGAUCUCUCUCCUUCACCCUCUUCUACAAGCCCGGGCCCCAUGCAGGGGAGGAAGAAUGCGCCCCGGUGCUGAGGGAGGUGACCAGCAGCCCCUUCGUCCGGCACCGGUGCCGGAUUCCCGUGCCCGACCCCAGGAGCCACAGCCAGUUCGUCGUCUCUGUUCGACCCAAGGAGGAAGAGAAACUCAUCAAGAGCUCAGAUAACAUCCAGAUGGCUCCCCCGACCCUCAACGUGACCAAGGGCAGAGAUGGCUACAUCCUGCACUGGAAAGAAGAAGAAAUGCACUAUUCACACAUAGGUUGCAUCUUCCAGGUCCAGUACAAGAAAGAUGAAGAGACAUGGGAGGAGACCAAGACGGAGCUCUUCCAGAAUGCGCACAACAUGCCCCUGCCACCUCUGGAGCUCGCCACCAGGUACCAGGCCAGAGUGAGAGUCAAACCCAACCCCAGCGGCUACAACGGGAUCUGGAGCGAGUGGAGUGAGGAGCGCUCCUGGGACACUGAGUGGGUGCUGCCCACCUGGUUCCUGGCCCUCAUCCUAGUGGUCAUCACCCUCAUCCUGCUCAUGGCCCUGCGCUUCUGUGGCAUCUACGGGUACAGGCUGAACCAGAAGUGGGAAGAGAAAAUCCCCAAUCCCAGCAAGAGCCACCUGUUUCAGAACGGGACUGCAGGACUCCGGCUCCCAGACAACAUGUCCAUCCUCACCAGUGGGAGCUGCCCACACAAGGGGCUGUGGAGCAGCAGCUACCCUGAGCUGGACGAGGUGUCCCAUGUAGACUACAGGCACAGUGAGGUGUCACCUCUCACCACAGAGGACCCUAAAGAAGCUUGUGACUCAUCACGUGAGACUACCAUGACUCUGGCCACCUCGGAUGUCCCCACGGAGCAGCCCCCCAGCCCUCCAGCAGGCCUGGCAGCCCCCUCAGGCCAGCCUGAGAGCCAGGUUUCCAGCUUUGACUUCAAUGGUCCCUACCUGGGGCCGCCCCACAGCCGCUCCCUGCCUGACAUCGUGGGCCAGCAGGUGCCCCCACAGACAGAUGUGAGCAGGAGGCCACCGCCCCCAGGGUCCCUGGAGUACCUGUGUCUGCCCCCAGGGGGGCAGGUGCAGCUGGUCCCACUGGCCCAGGUGAUGGGGCAGGGCAAGGCCAGGGACGCGGAGAGGAGGUCCAGCCCCGGGGCCGAGGGUAGUCCCUCCCUCGAGUCAGGGGCAGGCCCCGCCCCUCCGGAGCCUGGGCGAAAGGUGGGCAGUCAGGGCCUGGAGGACAGGGCCCCCGCAAUUCUGCCCACUGGCUCUCGAGGUCCUGAGGAUGGUGUCGUAGCCUCUGGUUAUGUCACCACUGCAGACCUGACAUUCACCCGGCCCGCAGGGACCCCGUCUGCCUCCCUGGCUCCCCCUCUGGGCCUCCCCUCAGACCAGAACCCCAACUUCUGUCCUGGACUGGCUGAUGGGGCCCCUGCACCCACAGCCCUGCUGAAGCCAGAGUUUGAGGGCUAUGUGGAGCUCCCUCCAAAGAUGACCCAGUUUCCCCAGUCCCCUGUGGCCAUUUCUGCCCCUCCUGUAGCCAGCAGCUCCUUCCUGAGCCCAGGGCUGCCCCGGGCAGAUGUGUCUCCAGCCUCUCCAACCCCCGAGGGGCUCCUGGUCCUGCAGCAGGUGGGUGACUAUUGCUUCCUCCCUGGCCUGGGAUCUGGCCCUCUCUGCCCCCAGAGUAAGCCCACUUCCCCGGGACCCUGUCCUGAGAUCAAAGACCACAACCAGGUGUUCCAGGCCAAGAAGCCGCUGUCUCAGGCCCUCCCGCAGGUGCCGGCCAUUCAGCUCUUCAAAGCCCUGAAGCAGCAGGACUACCUGUCCCUGCCUCCCUGGGAUGUCAGCAGGCCCGGGGAGGUGUGCUGACGCCCUGCAGACUCUGGGGGAGGGGAGUAAAAGGAGAAGUUCUGCCUUCCCUCCCGCCCUGCCUUUCUCUCCUGCCAGCCUCUGGUCCCUUCCACGGCCACUUCUGCAAAGCCAAGGAGAAGCUUCCAUGUUGCACCACAUAGAGACCAGAAAGACGAGUCAACCAUCUACCUCCUCCCUUGACCUUCAGCAAGGUCAAGCUUCUCUCCUCUCCCUCUCUGUCUCUCUAUCUCACACACACACACACACACACACACACCUUCCUUUCAAGUUAACGUAUUUUACGUUCUGAAUUAUUCGAGCUUUCCACACAGAUCCAUUUCAUUUGCCUUCAUUUGCCUUUCUACCUGGUUUCCUUGCUUUUACUCUUCUUUCUCUCUUCACCGAUUUAUUAUUCGAGUGAGUCUGAGGUCUGAGCUAAGCCUAUUCUGAGGUGUCCUGUCUCCACCAGAGCCUAUUCUGAUGCUGAAGUGCCUGGCUGCGUGGAGGGCUUCUGUCUGUCCCCAGGAGGCAGGAAUGCACAGGACAGGUUCCAGCCCAAGGGCAGGAGGCAGGAGGCAGGAGGUUCAGGGUGGGGGCCUUAGGGGUUUAAGUCUUGGAAGAGCAGCCCAGGGCCGGGCAUCCUUAUGUCAGGCACCGUAGCCCCAGACACGGUGACAAAGCACCAGUCUUGAGCAUCACUCCAAGAACUGGGAGUGGCUUGGGAAGGACUGUUCGGAGCUCCUGGGAAGCCCUGCUGGUCUCAUCGAGGUAACGGGGGAUCCUCAGGGACUGCAGGUCCUGCAUCAUGUGGAGACCACUGACCUGAGCAGUGGGCAGCUCUGGUUCUUGGCUGAAGUGCUCUCCCUCCUACACCCCGGGGCCUGGGGAAAUUCGGGAGAGAGAAGGGUCCAGAACCCACGUCUACUGUAGAAAAGCUGGAAAAAGGAAAAUGAUCCAAGGGCAGGGACUCUUUAAAGCGUAUAGUCUGAAUCAUCUGACUCCUUCCAGAAAGAUCUGACGACUCCCGCCCCCACCAGCCACGUACGAGGGGCUUCACUGGGGGUCGUGAUCCUUUCACAGCUUUGCUUUGCUGAUACGCAAAAAGAAAAACAUGGCAUUAGAUUGUUCUAAUUUGCAUUAUUUGAUAACUCUCAAGUUUGCACAUAUUUUCGUAUUUUUGGGGCGUUUGUAUGUUUCUACUGGGCUAAGCCCGUGAAGGUCUUUGUCCUGUCGGAUAUUCACCUUUUUCUGACUAAGUUUUAAAAACGAUUUACCUGUCUAUGGCUUUUCAGGGAUGAUGCAAAUUUGUUUUCCUAUUUUGUGGUUGGUCUGUGCAUUUCGUCUGCAAAGCUUUGGGGUGUACAGAGUGUAGGCUUGUCCGUGUGGUCCAAUAGCUCUACGGGUGAAUGGCUUCACGGCUCCUCUUUUGAUGUGAGAUUCAUAAGGGUCUCCGCCACUUCAAAAUCACAUUUGUCCUAAGUUAUGUUUUUUGGGUUCGUUUUGCUUUCAAGAUUUUGAUGUAAAAAUUGUAAUGAUUUGGGGAGGUAUGCAUGUGGGAUGGAGAGCUGGCUUAUCUGGUUCCCCAAAAUGAGUAGCCCAGGUAUUCUGGCAUCAUUGGUUGAAUCACCUCUUCUUUGUCCAUGUAUCUGAAAUGUCACUUGGCUUUACCAUUUGUUUUAAUAAGUGGCAGAGCAAAUGUUCUGGUUCCUUUUGUCCACAAAUCCCUGUUCAUUACAGCAAUGUUGGUGGUGGGAGAAAAUGAUAAACAACUUAAAUUUUCACCAAUAAUGAAAUUAAUCACAUUUGAGAUCCUAAGGUGGAAUCCUGUGUUAAAAAUGAAUAAAGUGAACCCACAUGCAUUAGAAGGAAGUCCAAGAUAUUAAUUGCCAAUUGUUCAGACAUUGUUAGCUGAAAAAAAUUGCAAUAAAAUAUUUUUUAUUAUAAAACAAAA